UCGACGCUCUCGACGCUCUCGACGCUCUCGCUCUAUGCACUCUGAUGGUCUAAUGUGCUUGAAAACCAUCGUACGUACAGUAUAUUACAAGUAAAUUAGAAGAAAAUUUUCAAGACUUUCUGUGAUAAUUAAAUUAAGUGUUUCCUCUAACGUAUUAGGAGUUUUACUGUUACGUAAGUUAAAAAGGAAAACAUUGGAAUGUCAUAUUAGUAUGUAUAAAUUUGAAGGACUAUAUAGAAGUUGUUUGUAUGCACGCGAAAUAAAGGUUAGAAGAACAUGAUAAGCAGCAAUGGUAUCUAAUCUAAUUUUAUGUGACGGUUAAGAAGGCGACUUGGGGAGGAUUUACGGUGUGAGUUGGCCGAAGCCGCUCGCGCUUAUUGGAAAAUUCAGAUGGUGGGCUCCAAGAUUAGGAUUCCCUUUGACAUUAGCAAGCUACAAUGGGGGAAGAAGACGUCAAGAAAACUUGGAAACAGAAACUGCUCUUUUAUAUUACUGCUUUCUUUGUACUACUGGGUACGUUUAGUCUAUUUUCAUUCUUAUUCCUGGUGCCUUUCGUCAUUGACCCAGCAUUCACAACAAUAUUCAUGGAAUUUGAUGAACAACCUGCCUUUUGUGUGACAGUUAAAGUUAACAGACGACUCGGAGCAUCAAACUGUAGCUGGACUUCUUGUCGUGAAGGUUGUACAAAAGACAUCUACGACUGCACUCAAAUUUUAGUCGAUUAUAAGCGAUAUAUUAAUCCAAACUUAACUGCAAUGCUUUCAACAAUGUCAACAGAAGUGAGUGUACGUGAAAAAAGAGGUCUCCUUGAAGAUUACGAUUACGAAGAAGAAAGAACUACUGGACUCAUGGGGAACGAUUCUGAAUGGUAUUAUCGAGAAGCACGACUUUUACCUAACGUUAAAGGUUGUGGUUAUCCACCGAUGCUUAAUUGUUCCGUUUUCCUUAAAACGUACAAAGGUAUUGGAACAAAUUUCUCUUGUUAUUACAGCCGAAUCGAUCCAAGCAUGGUAAUUAGUCAUCUGGACAUGUGGCAAGUCUACAUGAAUUUAGUAUAUGCUAUGGCAAUUCCGAUACCUUGUUUUAUCCUAUCAGUUAUUUAUCUAGCCUUCGCUUAUUUUAAAAUAUAUAAUGAAGAUGAGGAAAAAGAACCUCUUGAGAAAAACGCAGAAGCAAUGGAUGUUCAAGGUGAAAGUGCUCCGGAAGGUACACCGAUACCUUCUGCUAGUGGAGGAAUUACACCUGCCAGUGAAGCUUUUCGAGAGGAUUUAGCUAGCUUUGGUCAUCAUUUUAAAGUAGCUAUGGUCGAUGAAAUAAGCAGAGACAGUCUUGUAGACGGAAUGUUGAACUCAAAUUCAGUAGGAGGAAAUUUAGGAAAAACAAUGACUACAAGUAUUACGACCAUAGGAGGUCCAGUAGCUGAUAUGUAAAAAUUCAACACGAACGAUUGAGAACUUAGGAUAUCACCGACUCUCACUACUGGAUUUUUUUUACUCUUCACCAUUGAUACAUUCGACUCAACAUCACGUUGAUGGCAGCAACUUUAUGGAUACUCGGCACUUUAGUACCUACAUCAAUGUAAAUAAUUAUGAGUAAUUGUUAAACAAAGUCCACAUAUUUUAGAAAUUUUGUAAACACAACUAAUAAGAAAAAAAGAAGAAAAUAUGUUUCUAUCUAUUCUAAUAUAUUUUUGUAUUGGAGUUAAAUAAUUUCUGGAUAAAGAAAUAGUUGCGUCGCGUCAUCUUGUCAAAUAUAAAAUGUGUGGAUUAUUGAAAUAAAAUUGACAUUUUCGGAGUCACUUCGAAAAUACUUUCUGUGCUUUAAAAUGUAUAUAAAUCUUUGCGACGACUGAAAAAAAUAUUGUGGAUAGGCACAACAUUUUUAAUUGUUAAAAUGCUUGAUCUGUUACAUCACUUUAUUGGUUAGAUUUAGAAAUAUCUAACUGUAAUAGGU